AUGACACCGAAAGACAUCCACGUCGACGACGUCGUCAUUACAAUCAAUUGUUAUUCUCAGUGCAUGCUUUUGGUGCCAUCCCUCUGUUCUCAAUAUAUAGACACCCCAAACUUUACAUCAUCAAGAAAAGCACAACUUAUUUCUCUCUGCCCUUCUCUUUCUCACGUCUCUCUGCCUUCCUCUCGUGACGUUCCAAACAUGAUGUUGAGCAUCAAGAGAAAUCUGAUGGUGACUCCGGCUGAAUCAACUUGGACUGGGAUUCAGUCCUUAUCAGAAUGGGAUCAAAUUGGUUGCACCACCAAUGCGCGUGCAAUCUAUUUCUAUGGGCCAACCCCAACCCCAACACCAUUCCAAACGAUAACUGAAACCCUUAUCGAUUCCUUGAGCCAGGUUCUAGUGCAUUUCUAUCCAUUGGCUGGUCGUUUGCGCUCCUUCGACAAUGGUCGCUUUGAGCUCCUAUGCAACGGCCACGGUGCCACAUUCGUUGCAGCCGAGUUGAACGCAGAUUUGGUUGAUUUUGGAGCAGAUAACUACUUCACACCCACUCCGGACUUUGAUCGUUUCCUUUUCCCAUACAUAAAUGAGACUCUCCCAAUUCAUGAACUACCUCUUUUAUUGCUGCAACUCACUAAAUUCAGGUGCGGUGGUUUAUGCCUAAGCUUUACCUCCUCACACAUCACCACUGACGGACUAAGUGCCGCAAACUUCAUGACCGAGUGGGCACGACUAGCACAAGGUCUGCCAUUACGAAACGCGCCAGUUUUGGACAAAAAGGCAUUUCGAGUGGGAGAGCCGGGGGCCACACCGCGCUUUGAUCACUCAAAAGACUUCUGUAAUAUGCCCUUUUUGUUGAAACAGCCUACUCCAGAAGAGCUUGAGAAGAUGAAAACUACAAUGGUCACGCUAAAACUUACGAACGAGCAAGUGGAGAAACUGAAAAAGAUGUCGAAUCAGGACUCUCAAAUCAACGCUAAAACGUCAAGACCAUACACGCGUUAUGAGGCCUUAACGGCUUAUAUUUGGAGAUGCUCGAGUAAAGCGCGGAAGCACCAGCAUGAACAGCCUACAGCGUGUCUCAUAACAAUCGACUCCCGAAAGCGUAUUCAGCCGCCGUUACCGUUCUGGUUCUUCGGUAACGGAGUGUUCGACAUCACGGCUAGCUGCAAUGCCGGAGAGUUGCUAUCUAAGCCGUUAAGUCACGGAGCGAGUAAGGUACGUUCGGCGAUUGAGAUGGUGACAAGCGAUUACGUGUUGUCAGCAAUUGAUUUUCUAAAAUGUCAAGAAAACUUGACAGAGUUUCAAUACUCGUAUAAAUCGUCAACUAACGGAGGAGCCAAUUAUGGAGGGAAUCCGAAUAUUGGGGUCAUAAACUGGAUGAACUUGCCCUUUGAGGGCAUUGAUUUCGGGUGGGGAAAGGAGAUCCAUUUUGGUCCGGCUAAUCACGAAGUUGACGGUGACACGUGGUUACUUCGUGGUGGUGAUGAAGCUAAGUCACUCUUGAUUGUGGUUUGUCUUCUGGUAGAACACGUCGAAGCUUUCAAGAAACACUUCUACGACGACAUUAAUUGCUCGCCAGCAGAGACAUUGUACUCAUUCUCGGACGGACUUGAUAAGGAAUUGAUGUUAGGUUGAUCUGAUACUA